AUGAAAGAAAAGAUCUCACAAUUGAUUCACGGCUCAAAAGAAAAAGAAGCGGCAAAGGAUAAACAGCCCGAACAGGAAGCUCCACCGCCUCCAUAUCAGGAGUAUGAGCAAGGGAAAGGAGAUUCACAACCUCCACAAGCAAUUCCAUCAUACGGAGAGAAAGACCAAGAGAAAGGUUAUCAACAAGGAUAUGGCGGACAACCACAACAGGCUGGUUAUGACAAUGUACCACAAGGAUACCCCCAAGAAUAUUCUCAAGGAUAUGGAAACCCACCACAAGGGUAUCAAGGUGAGCAAUAUGACCCAAUGAAAGAUCCCAAUGUGAUUAAGGUCAAGCCACAGAUGGUGAAUAUAUCACAAGCUAAUCCUGAACAUCUUAACCCUUCGUACCAACAGUAUCUUCAGAGAGAUGCGCAAAGAAUCCAGCAAGGUGAUUUUCCUAAGCCCCACGAUUACUAUAAACACGGUGCGCCAUUGAGCGAAGGAAAAGUCAAUCCUAAGCUGAAAACCGGAGGAGGAGCGUUCCCAGGAAGAGGAGGAGCUACAUAUGAUAAUGCUGCCAACAGGUGA